AUGGAUCAAGGAGGUCGUGGUGGCGGAGGAGCUGAGCAUGGGAAGUACCGAGGAGUUAGGAGACGGCCAUGGGGCAAAUACGCAGCUGAGAUACGUGAUUCAAGAAACCACGGUGAACGUAUAUGGCUUGGUACUUUUGAUACUGCUGAAGAAGCGGCUAGAGCAUAUGACCAAGCUGCAUACUCCAUGAGAGGCCAAGCCGCGAUUUUGAACUUCCCUCAUGAGUAUAACAUGGCAAGUGGUGGUGGUGGUGGAUCUUCUUCCUCUGUUGUGGCUGGAUCUUCCUCUUCCUCGGCCUCGGCCUCUUCUUCUUCUAGGCAAGUUUUUGAAUUUGAGUAUUUGGACGAUAGUGUUUUGGAAGAUCUUCUUGAGCAGGGAGAGAAUAGUACUAACAAGGGCAAGAAGAAGUGA